AUGUCGACCUACUAUGUGGGACCAUUCGGGCGUAUGUUACCUAGUACCGAUUGUCCAUCUCCGGAACCAGAACCAGUUCGUCCAGCUAACGUGCCAGUAUCUGGAAACCAUCCAUACCAGCUUCCCCCGCCUCGGACAUUGGAAUCUUUGCAGUUUGGAACGGAUCCAUUUCUGCAUCAGCGAAGCGACGAAGAAAAAGGAGACUCUGGAGUGCGCUCUAAUGCACCUGGACGCCAGUCCGGUGUGAACGAACAGCUGCCUUCUGUGAGCGAGCUGCUGACUCCAUCUGCUCGUUCAAGCCAAUCAUCAUCACCACAUCGCCAGCAUCUCUUUGGCUGGUACACACCUGACGGGGAGGGCAGUAACGCUGGAAGAAUUUCCCAUCACGCUACCCACCAUGAUAUCAAUGCUGGUCCUCGAACACCCCAGAGUGGAAUUAACGGCAGGCCUGAAAGCCAUGUUGAAUCAUUUUCGAGACCAACAACCGCAAAUCUGCCUCCACUAUCUCAACUGUCCAUGUUCUCGGCUGCCAACGAGCUUCGCGUGCACACGGCAUCCCGUGCCGAUGUCCCUUUGCAACUAUCGCCCCAUAGUGUCUUUCCAACUCAAGGCUACAUGAAUCAUGAAAAGGAAAGCAGGGAGGAUGACUCCUCACCGAUCGCCAACGAAUUUGGAAGUGCAGCUGGAAGCCGACCCCAGUCGGCGAAGGUCCGUCCACAUGUGGUUGAUGAACGAUAUAUAGAGGGCGAAGGCUGGUGCUAUAUCUAUGCUGAUGGGUCCCACUGCCCCAAGACAAUUGACGGCGUGCCUGUGAACGCAAACUGGGGUGUCACCAAGGCUGGGAAACCGCGAAAACGGCUCGCUCAGGCUUGUCUAACCUGCAGAGAAAAGAAGAUCAAGUGCCAGCCGAAUCUACCCAAGUGUGACCAGUGCCAGAAGUCGGGAAGGGAUUGUAGAUUUGAGAGUGCACCUCGUGGUAACCGCGCAGGAGCGAAAGCGUCUCCGCAUUCGACGAGACACGAUUCGAGAGACAGCUCCUCCUCUGCGACCCAUAAUCCUUCAAACUCUUCCGGUUCGAUCUACUCCAUUGUCCGAGCUUCCGAAAGCGCCACGUCCCUCCCUGGCACCAACUCCCAGUCUCCCGUAUCCGAUGCAUCUAUGCUCACAUCCCCUGCGAUAAACACCCCCCAGGAGAGCGGCGUCGAUUCAGAUCAUCUGAGCAGGAUGAGAUUGCAUAGUCUUGGUAGAAUCUCUAUGGGCGCCGAGGAGCUGUCGGGACGAUCAGUAGAGGGCAUUUCAGCCCGCGUGGCUCCUGACUACACAGAUAUUCUUAUGGAGAUGAAGGACCUAGAUCCGCAGGACCCUCUUGCCCAUGAAUGGAACACGGACCCCUUUGAGACUGACGCUGAGCUCACCACUCACUAUAUUGAGAGCUACUUCACGCACGUGAACGAUAGCUUGUACUACAUUCUCCCCCGAAGACGUUUUCUACUCUGGUUAAGAUCGUGCCACACGAAGUCUCUAGAAGAUAACAUGCUCCUUUAUUCGAUGAUGUCUCUGGGUGCUGUCUUUUCCGACCGACCUGACAGACUCACGGCCAUGAGGAGGGUUUCACGCACGGCCCGUUACGCUGUGGAACAUAGUCGCCAUAAUCCUUCGUUGCAGCUCGCCCAAGCACUAAUAAUUAUGAGUCUUUGGUAUUAUGCCAUUGGCGCUUUAGAGAAAUCCUGGGAUGCUGUGGGUGCCGCAGUGCGAACGGUCUGCGGGUUGCGGUAUAAUGUUGAAUCGGGAGGGGUUAUCGUGGACCAGAGUCGGGUCUGCGAAUACGGACUACAUCCCCAAGCCUUGAUUGAAUGUCGUCGUCGGACGUUUUGGGUUGCAUUCCUAAUGGAUCGUCUUUCAUGUCUCUAUUCACCAACUUCUGCAUUCAUUCCCCCGCAGACGGCUUAUAUCAGGUUGCCUUGCCGAGAAGAAAUCUUCGAGGCGCAGCAAUAUACAACCGUGCCCUAUUUUCAGGACUUCCUUAACCAACCUUUCGUGACAACGGAAGAUGAUGCUUCCAGACCGAGCGCCAUGGCACUUUUGGUGGAGAUAACUUCUCUUUGGGGAGAAGUGUCUGACCACGUUUUCCGGCUAUCUUUGCUACCCGUCGAGUCGUCCAGCACUGCUUUUGAAAAGUUGUAUACCACAAUUGUCGGUCGUGCAGAUGCAUGGGCCGCCAGGCUCCCAGAACAUCUCAGGUUCACUGCUCGAAAUUUGGAGAGGAGUCUUCAGGCGAGGAAGCUAGACGCUUUCAUUGCGAUACAUCUUUUGUAUCAUGCAACGUUGAUGAAGUUGCAUAGACAUGCCCGCUGCCAGGACCCUCGGGUGGAGAAUGUGAACCGGCAUGUUCGCGCAACAAGGAAUCAGGCAGCCGAAAUACUGCGAAUUGCCCUGGCGCUGGCUCAUUACACUUCCGAAUUCGAUCCAGCGCGAAUCGUCAUGGAAUCGCCUUCUUCCGCUACGGCCAUAUUCAACCCUUUUCUGGGUUACGUGGUCCUCUCUGCGGUGGACGUCCUCACCGCCGCAGGAUUGAUCACUGACAUGCCUGAGUGCAUCAAUCUGACCCGGGGCGGCCUUGAGGCCGUCAAAGAGCUGGGCCGGUUCUGGGAGAGCUCAUCGUCGCUGAUCUUGCUGAUUGAGAGACGACUGGAAGCAUUAUCGGAGCUUCUUCAUAGUCCAAUGGACUUGGAACGCAAGGUUGCGUUUAUUACGAAGAGUCAAUCCUUGGACAGCUGCAUCCAGAAGCAGCAGAAUCCGAUUGCUGAGGAUCUCUUCUACGGCGCGUUGCCCCGUGAAAGGCUGUUGAGCGCACUGGGACUCGAAGACGCUUCGUUAUCAGAAGCUAACGUACUUUGGAUCACAGACAAGGACUAA